AUGGUGUGCAAGUCUUGUAAAGAUGAGAAGCAGAGGAAGAAAUAUACGAGGGGGCUCUGGUCACCUGAAGAAGAUUCUAUGCUAAGAAACUAUGUUCUCAGAUACGGCCAUGGAUAUUGGAGUGAAGUUCCUAAACUAGCUGGUCUUAAAAAGUCUGGAAAAAGUUGUAGACUUCGGUGGAUCAAUUACCUGAGGCCAGGUCUGAAACGAGGAAAUUUCUCCUAUCAAGAACAGAAGAUUAUCAUUGAUGCUCAUGCACUUCUGGGGAACAGGUGGUCCCAUAUUGCUUCAAUGCUCCCUGGGCGUACUGAUAAUGAGAUAAAGAAUUUCUGGCAUACCCAUUUGAAGAAGAAGAUCAAGGUUUCGGGCACAGAUGCAAAUGCCCACAAAAGUUCUGGGGACUGCACUAGAAAGGAGGCAUCAGAAUGUAAGAGAACAGUCCCUGAAACAGAAUCAACUGACAUGCAAAUGGAUUGUUUUGUUAGGAUCCCAUAUGGUACUGAAUUCUCAAGGAUAAGUUUACAAGGUGGGUUUGAAGAUAUCUCUCCCAAUCUUGUGUCCAAAUGCCUGCCAGACAAUAAUUCUCUUAAGGACACUUUGUUUUCUGAAGGGUUGUAUUCAGAACAGAGUGAAAGUUCCAGUUUUAACAUGGGUUGUUAUAACUCAGUGAUGUGCCCACAAUCAACACUUGACUCAGAAAAUUCCAACUGCACAACUUAUCACUUGGGUUUGCUUAAUGCAGUGUCUGAAGAAUACCCAUUUCCAGAAGAAAUAAAGCAGAUUAUUAAUAGCUCAGAACUCACCCCACUACUUCACAUGCCAACCUUGUCUAGCAAUGGCUCAAACAAUUCAAAUUCUGCAACAAGUCUGAACAUUUCUAAGUACUGGAAUGGCAUGAACUACAAUGAGGUCAGUUUGGGCAUGCAUGAGGACUAUAAUUUGAUUGGAAACUGCUGUUUACUGGACUUGGAUGGAUUUCAAAUCAAUGAGAACGUCCUUAAAUCCAUUAAAGGGUAG